AUGGCGCCUGCAAGCGGCAAGCGAAAGCGACCUGAACGGCAGAGCACCGAAGACGAUGGAUCUCGAGCCUCGCCAUAUCGGCCUGAGAAAUCACGAACCGCCGUGCACAGGAAGCCGCCAUUUCGGUAUACUGUUGUCAGCGAUGAAGCCGUAGCAAGCUGGGCAGAGACAGGUCGCGCAGCCCUUUUGAACUCGGCGGCUACUGCGGACGACUUCCAGCUCAGCGACCUCUUGCAAGAGCUGAUCCGGUCUGCUCUCGAAGGCAGGCUGACUGCGAAACAAGCUGGGCAUUUCGUUCGAGAACUGCGAACCUCGACACAGGCCGCCAAUAGUCUGGGCGUGGAAUUCCUCUUUCUGAACACGAUAUCGCUUCUGUACGAUGCUGGCUAUAAAGGCGAGGCACUGAAGACUCUUGUCUCAGCAACUGGCAUUGACCAGCAGACCAUGCGCCAUGAAUUCGACAUUGGCUUGGUGCAGGAUCUUGGACUCGUGCGCAGCACCUUCGAGAAGAUGCGCACUCGCAAGACGACUAAUGCUCUCUACCGACAAGCGAACUUUAACCUCCUGCGUGAGGAAAGCGAGGGCUACGCAAAACUAAUCACCGAGUAUUUCAACACCGCACAAGAAGCUAGCACACGGCAUGUCGACGACCCAUACAUGGCUGAAAAUGCUGUGCAGCGGAUUAUGGCAUUGGUUGGAGCAUUUGAUCUGGACGUUGGCAGAGUGCUUGACAUUACCUUGGACGUCUGCGCCAAUCUUCUUGUCAGAGCCUACCCCUUUUUUAUGAAAUUCUACCGCGCCAGUCCUUGGUGGCCCAAGAAUGAGCUUCUCGACAAUGUCAAAUCCCAAGACCAAGGAUUUGCCGACACUCCGGCUUGGAUGCUGCCAGAUUCCGGGCGAUCAACAGCGACUGACGAAGAAAGGCAACAACUAGCUGUGUUGAAGCAACAGCGAGAUGUCGCCUUCUGGGAUCAAGUUCGCGCGCAUGGAUUCAAGGCUUUCUUUGAGCUGGGCGCAAAGAAGAUCGUGGAUUUCGAAGCCGUCCUUCCACUUCUCGAAACCGAGGCUUUACCCGAAGUCGAUUCACGUGGCAAGGAGUACAAUCCUGACAAGCGACAACGGAUCAACGAGGCUCGGAAGUACAUGAAGGAGACUGGUUGCCUUCCGCCCUCUGGCAAUUACGACGCCGCGCAACUGCUAGGGUUCAAGCUACGCUUUUAUGCAUCGGACGCGCGGGAUGCCAACGAUAUCCUACCUGAUAAUCUCAUUUACCUUGCGGCACUUCUUAUCAAGAUCGGCUUCAUCUCACUUCGAGAUCUUUACCCUCAUCUGUACCCACCAGAUGAAGACAUGCCCAAGGAGAAGGACCGUCUGGCCAAGGAGAAGAAAGAGAAGGAGGCAAAAGACAGACCCGGUGGUGGCAUCAACGCUUUGCUGACCGCUGGGGCUCUGUCCGACGACACUCCCGCUCCUCGCACUACGGCCAGGAUCGAUAAGGAGAAGAGCGGCGCUGCCACACCUGCGCAAGACAAGAAAGACGAGCCUAAGGAGGAAUUACCUCCACCCGCCAACCAAAAGCUUCAGCUACUCAAAGCUCUGCUACUCAUAGGCGCUAUUCCAGAGGCACUAUACAUGCUCGGUCGCUUCCCAUGGCUCGCGGAACUCGAUGUCACCUUGCCGCCAUUUCUCUUCCGCAUCGUCAAGCACAUGCUCAGCAAAAUGUCAGAAUCUGUGCUUCCCCUGGCAGACGAGACCGAGCUGCAAAACUCCAAGGAGCAGCUGCAAGACACCAGUGCACGCGCCGAUUCUACAUUACUAUUCACGGCCAGGCCUCCGCGGAAGAUCUUGCGAUGGCUGCACAACGAUGGCUUCGAUAAGGACGGCGUUGAGUAUCGUCACUAUUAUGGCGAUUGGAAUGACAAUGUGCCGGUGUGCCAGAAUGUCAACGACGUUCUUGCGCUUUGCGAGACUUUCCUUGGCUACCUCGGGCCAAAGAUUGGACAAGAUGCCAGCAUUCUCGCCACGAUACUCAGACUGGCACAUCGAAGCCUGACGGUGGACAGCUCCUCAAGCAAUCGCGCUACAUGGUUGAAGUUGAUGAGAAGACUGCUGCUUCCCGCGCUCAGCUACGGCAAGCACAACCCUCAGCUCACUCACCAAGUGUUUGAACUUCUGAAGAUGUGGGACACUGCGACUCGGUAUAGCAUAUACCAGGAGUGGUUCACUGGUGCUACUUCUCGGCAGCCGGAUGUCCAAGUUGCAUUCAGCCGCAACAAGUCUGAAGUUCGCGAUGUCCUUCGUCGCGUAGCGAACGAUACCGUUAAGAAGCAAGGACGAGCUUUAGCCAAAGUAGCUCUCGCAUCGCCUGGUAUCGUUGUCAUGGAGAUGAUAAGUCAGCUGGAAGCCUACAGCAACAUGAUUCCCAGCUUGGUGGAAUGUGUUCGCUACUUUUCGCCUCUAGCAUAUGAUGUCCUGGUUUGGGCACUCAUCAACUCUCUCCGAGGCGAAGGACGUGGGCGAAGACAGGCGGAUGGAAUGCUCACAAGCGCCUGGCUCCAAGCUCUCGCACGAUUCGUGGCUACCUUGUUUGCUCGUUAUACACAUCUGCAUCCAGACCCGAUUCUGCAGUAUCUUGCAUCCCAGUUACGGACCGGCGAUACGACUGACCUGGAGAUGUUCGACCAAAUGCUUGUUGAAAUGGCAGGCAUUCGAUCAGAUGUCGAAUUCAAUGACGUUCAGGUUCUAGCCAUGGCAGGAGGCGAGGCAUUGCAAAGUCACAUCAUGCAGCAGCUCUCGGACAACAGGCAUUCCAAGGAGAAGAAGAAGUCGGCUGAGCGUCUAAUUCAGGCACUAAGCGGUCCUGGAAUCACCGGCCAAAUUCUGAUCGCCAUCGCGCAGGAGCGGCAAAUGUAUCCGCAUCACGAGGACUCGAGGUUUGCGCCAUUGAAGGUUCUUGGCAAUAACUUGGACAAGAUCGCUGCAGUUUUCGCGCAGUACCUCGAGGUGCUCAAAACAAACCUCAAACCGGAAGAUCUUGAAGUUGCUGUACCAGAUGUGGGCUCUCUUGCGACAAACUUUGGUCUAGAUCCUAGCAUCGCUCUCACAAUCCGCCGAAUGGUGAUGCGGAGCCGCAUGACCGAGCAUGAUUCCAAGAAGAGACAAGAAGAUGCCGAUGAGAAGAAGGAGAAAGGCGAACCCGAAUCUGCUGACAAGGAUGGCGACGCAGCCAUGAAGGAAGCUUCUACACCUGCCGACGUGGAAGCGAAGCUGCUGGAUGCCGGCAGCCCACCUGAAAUUAAACUCGAGAACCGUGAAGGAAGUAUGGAAGCUGCGGAAACGCAGACGCUUACCACCAGUCCAUGGCAUCCUGUGCUCGAGCCAGUCAUUCAGCAGCUCACUGAGCAGCUACCAGAGUUGGCAGAACGUAUCAGCAUCCCAUUCUACGUCACCUUCUGGACUCUUGCGCAUCAAGACAUUCUUGUGCCUACAGACAGCUACCAACGGGAGACCAACAGGAUCGAGCAACAGAUCAAGGAAAUUCAGGCUGAUCGAUCGGACAUGACCACUGUCGCUGCUAAGGAUCGCGACAAGAAGAAGAGAGAUCUGCAACAAUGGUACGAUCGACUGAAAUCCGAGCCGAUGCAACACAUGGCCGCUUACAUGGCUGUACGCAAUCGCAUCAACGGUCACAAGAGCGGAAACAAAAUUGUUCCUGGCGAGAAUAUGUUCUGGUUCCCGAAGAUCGAAGAAAAUGAUCCGGAGAAGAGAGUGAAGAAAGACGCCAGACACAUUGCGCUUCUCCAAGAGUGCUUCUUGCCUAGAGCGAUGCUGUCGUCGCUCGACGCCCACUACGCCUUUGAGAUGCUGAAACUCAUGCAUGCCAACGGCACGCCUGGCUUUCAGCUGAUGCACCUGCUUAAUCAAUUGUUCAAGAAACAGGAGCUUGCCGUGUUGAUCUUCCAAUGUACAGCCAACGAGGCUCAACACUUUGCACGAUUCCUGUGGGAAGUGCUGAAACUCCUUCAUCGCUGGCAUGCGGACAAGGCAGUCUACGAAAAGGAAGCGCUUGGCCUCAAGAAGAAGCUGCCAGGCUUCGUGAAAACUUUCGACGAGCAAGGCGAGCCCAAGACGGUCAUCGACUUUGAGGACUUCCGACGCAUGCUAUUCAACUUCCACGCCGCUCUGAACACCUCUCUUCAGGCAUGUUUCGAAUCGAGCGAGUACAUGCACAUUCGUAAUGGCAUUAUUGUGUUAAAGGGCAUUCAUCAAGUCUUCCCAGCUCUCAAGCACAUGGGCAAGAACAUGUUGGAGCAGGUGAAGAGACUAUCUGAGCAGGAUCCACGCAGCGAUCUCAAGCUUGCUGCAAUGUCGUUGCGUGGUCCAUUGCAGAAUCGCGAGAAGCAAUGGGUGAUGCCACAAUCAUUCAGGCUGGGCAAGGAAGGCUCGGGCACACGUCCUCUCAAUGCCAACGCACCAGAUUUCAAGCCAAGCAGUGCGAUGGACGCUCGCAAAGAGUCUGUUGCUGGUGGGCCUGAAGAUGGUGAGAUUGAAGAUGAAAAGAUUACAGCAGCGAAGAAUGCCGAUGUCCAGAUGAAAGACACUACGGAUAAGGCCAAUGUCGCUGCCAAGGACAAGCAUCUCCCGCCACGUCCUACUCCAGCUCGCGACACACCGAAGGCCGAGUCGAAGCCAAGCACGCCCGCUCCCGCAACAUCAAGACAGACGCCUCACCCGAGUGUGCCUCAGCGGCCAGAGUCACGAUCAUCAGCCAUUCGUGGCGAACAGAAUCUCCCAUCACGACCGGAACCGGCAGCCAAGCCACUGCCAGCCGCAUCGACUCCACGAUCAGGCUUGCGCUAUCCUACCCGAGAUGAUCAUCGAUCAAGAGAUGAGCACUACGGUCGUCUCGACAGACCCGGAGAGAUGCGGCCUCCAUCAAGAGAUCAGUCACCUGGGCACCGCAAUGGACGAGCUAGGACCCCGCCAGGCGCUGCCACUCGCGGCUCAUAUCGCGAUGAACGUCAAUCAUAUGACAGACCACCGGCUGACAGUCGCUUUGCUCGCGACGAUGCCCUCGCUGUCGCGCCGGAGCCACAGCGUCCUGCACAGCCUCCGCAAGACACAUCCAUGGUCAAUCCAGCUCGUCUGGCAAAUAUUGCCAAUGACUCUCCAGGCGCAGGCCGUGGGCCGAGAGAUAGGCCCGGUAAUGAACGGGAUAUGCGACGAGAUCGCGACUCCCAUGUGGAUGAUCGAAAUGCGCCACCGAUGCAGCCUCGGUCAGACAGCCGACAGAAUGGACGCAUUCCUCCGGAAGCGCCUCGAGAUUUUCAGUCUCGUGCUGAGCCGCAGCAAGAUCUGACGCCAAGAGGACCUCGUUCGGGCAGGUUGCGAAAUGAUAUGGGUCCACCUCAGGCCGAAUCGAGCUACGGCCGCCUGAACGGUCCUUCAGAACCUCCUUCGGGACCUAAGAAUGCCCCGGGCGGACGACAGGGACGGAACUUCACAACGCCUGGUCCAAUCAGCACUCGUGGAAAUGAGCACAACGCUCCUUCGCCGAUGACAACUCGACCUCCUGAGUCACCUGCAGCCCUUCGUGGUUCGCAACGUCAAAACAGUAGCCAGAUACAGCAAAUGGAUCGACAAUCUGCACCCAACUCAGCUCCAUCGACUCCAGCAAGCGAAGGACCUCCAGUCCAUCCAAGCAGAGCGCGACAGCUUGGACAGCCUGAACCCAUACAGACCAACUUUCCUCCGCCGAAUGGCCCUCGAAAUGCCUCAUCGCCUACUUCAGCGGUACCUUCUGGACCCAGAGGACCGAGCAGGAGUGGCCCUCCUGUCGGCACUCCCACUGGUCCCGGACCUUCAAACAAUAUGCCUCCAACAGGACCUGCAACUGCUGCUGAUAGACAGAGGCGUAAUGGGCAGCGUCAAAUGGGUAGCAUCGUCGCUACGUUGCAAGGAGCCAACACGACAGGCACGCCAGGACAAGGACAAGGCGUUCAGGUCCGAGGCGCAUCAGCUAGGCAGUCGAGCAUCUCGCAACAGCCAUCUCCUGCUACGAGAGGUGGCCCGCCUGUUCUCGCAUCUUCCAUGGAGCCUUCGCAAAAUCACUCUUCGUAUGAAGAACAGGGUGGUAGUCGUCCGGAUCUCUUCCACCGAUCUGAUCGCGGCGAAGAUCGUGGUCGCCAUCGCGAAGAGGAUCGCGGCAGUCGCUCUCAUCACAGCAGCAGACAUCCCAGUCGUGAGCGUCACGAGAGUGCCGGACGACAGCGUCAGCUAAACGCUCCGCCUCCUCCACCGCCGCCUCCAGAGGAACACAGAGAUCGUCGUCAAGGCCCGCGCGAUGAUAGACAGCCUCGUGAUGACCGCAAUCGAGAUCUGCAGGCGCGCGAUGGACCUAGGAGUGACCGUCGCCAGCCACGUACGGAUGACCAACCUCCUCGCAGACCCCUGCCGGAUCAAGCUGCCGUCUUCAAUGCCCCACCUCAGGGUGAUUGGCAGCGUGGUGACGAUGGAAGGAGAGGUCGAGCGGGACCUCCCACAGGACCUGGGGGUAGAUCAGAAGAGUUCCGAGGGCAAGGACCCAUCCGACGUGAGGAGGAAAGGAGAGGUCCGCCGCGCGAUGAAGGACCUGAUGGCAGGAAGCGGAGACACGAAGAGAGCUCUGGACAAUUUGAAGGGUCAAAGAGAAGAAGGAGUGGGCGUUAG